CGUGGCCUCUGAGUAUAGCCGGAGUUCACCGAUGUUGCCUUCGGCAAUCUACGUAGUGGCGAAGUUGUAUUGUUACUGACAAGAGGAUAAAUCUCAUAUUGUUGACAACAAACUUCAGUUCCUCCCCCUGAGAGGUCAAGGGUUAGUCGCGAACGACAAGAUGGCGGACGUCGAACCGACCUUGAACAGGGAUCACGCAGACUACCUGCGCGAAUCAGUGAUGAGCCUGAUGACAAAUGUCAAUCAUCAGUUACAAGAGAUCGAGAAGCUUAAGCUAGAAGCGGAAACAGACGAAACCGUCAGUUCAGAGGCCGACAUGGCAUUGUUGUCGCCUUGGUCUAAACUUGAAAAGUCAACCGAAGCUCGAGAAGAGUCAACAACCCAGCCUUUGGCCUUUUCUGGCACUGAUCCAGUAUCUGGGAAAGAGCAGCUGCGCAGUGACUCAGACAUGAGCGCGUCCAGCGAGACAGAAAAGUCGACAAAGUCGUCCAGUCUGGAACAACUCCAAAAUUUACCUGACACAGCGCCAGAAAAUUCUGCUGAAGCCAACCCUACGGAUUCGGAAAAUCCUUUGGAACGUUUUGCGCUUCAGUUUGAGGACUGGAUCGAGAAGACAAAGACCAAACUUGAAUCACUUAUGAAGCAAAACCGAACAACAGAAGAACAAUCAGUUAAGACAAGUCAUUUUGAAAGCUACAUUUCUUGCCGCCUUGAUAUCUUUUAAGAAUAUAGAGAUAUCGAUCGAUCCUUAAAAAUUAGAAUUGUCUCAAAGCACCAUCUUUGUUUUAACUGUGGUAAAUUGUAGCUGAUUUAUAAUUAUCAAUUCCUUUUCAAACAGAGUAGUCAAACUUCUUCAUAAUCUGAAAUCUUAGUUUCUUGUUUCGUAUUAUGAGAGCCUGGUU